UCAGCGAUGGGUACACAUGCGCACUGACCUGUUUUCUUCCUUUUUCGCCAAGAUGGCGGUCUAUGAUGUGAUGGAAGUCGGCUAAGUCGUGUGUUGAUGGCAUUCUCUGCAAAUUCAGUGGUUAGACAGCAAUUUCGAGGAAAGCGUCGGGUUUAUAACUAAUUGAGAGUUUCCGGAGAGGGCUACUGACCAGAAGAAGCCAUGUCACGCCACAGAAACAUCCGGUCUAUGAACGUCCAUGAUGAAUAUGAAGGGUAUGAUGAUGUGUAUGGCCACUCAGUGGAGGACGACUAUGGGGUUUCUCCAGCAACAGAGGCCCAGUUCAUGUAUCGGAGGAGUGAAGCCCCCCGCUUGUCUUCCUUCAUUGAGGAGUCAAAGAAAGAGUCCAUAGAAGAGGAGGAUGAGUAUGACUAUGAUGAUCAUGAAGACCACGACCACUCCCUGUCUGACUCCCAAACCUUCCAGUGGCCUCGGCUCAGUGAUCAGAAUGAAGCACGGUUACGGUCCUGUCUGGAAGAGAUCCACAAUGUGAUAGGUGACAGUGUUCCACAGCACAUCCUGGUAGACACCGUCAUGAAGUGUGACUUUGACCUGGAGAAGGCCCUGGAUGCUGUGUUGUCACUACAGGACAAACCGAAGGAAGCUAGACCACCACCCACAGCUGCUGCUCCCCCCAGGACACAAGAACACACAUCUGUUGACUUGGCCAGCCCUGUUGGGUUGUUAGGGCUUACAACUGAAGUCCCAACCUCAGACUCACAGUGCAGUACAGCAAUGUCACCUACUGAUAUACCUCCAUUACUGCAGUCCAGCUUGUCAAGUCUCUCUCCACCCAGAUCCAUAAUAUCUACAAAAGGGAACAAUCUUUUAAAUGACAAGAAGAUGGACAAUAGCCCACUAAUGAGCUUAUCACAGCUUGCAGGUGUACAUCUCGGAAGUGUUGACACUGCCAAAACCAUAUCACCAACACAGCCAGCCAUUGGUCAUUCUUUUGGCAAGCUAAAUCCAAACAUUUCUUCCAAACCUGUACCACACAUGGUAGGAAGUAAAGACAUCAGUGUAGGUUCUGUUAGGAGUCCCCAAAGAAUCAACAAUUCAACCAUGAGUCUAUCAGAACUUGCCAAUUUACACCUCGGUAGUGAUGAUGAGAAAAUGAGCACCUCACCAUUGGGGCCCAUUGGUGGAAAUCUCAGUGGAAAAAUUGCGCAUCCCCAGAGUGUAAGCAUAGGAAGCAGUAAUCUUCCAACUUUGGGGGCCUUGGGUAGUCUCAGUCAAGUACACCAAGCCCCUAGAAAGGCAACGACUAAUACGCAAACCGUAAACAGUCCAAGUACACUAUCACCUCUAGCUGUCAGUGGUAAAGACCUCAACUCUGAUGACAAAGGUUUGAAGAUAGCAGCACAUGGCACAGCAUCAAGUUUGUCUACCAUAGACAGAAGUCAGCAUAGGAUUGCAGUUGGUAAGACUAAGAAGGUGGCAGAAGUGGAAACCUCAGGAGGUCUUUCAACUUCGCCAGGACUUCUUUCAACCCCCUUAUCACAGCUAAGCAGUAGCCCAUUGGGAUUGGGUUUGGGGUUAUUGUCAGGGAAAAACACUAGUGGGUCACAAUCUAGUUCCUUACCAACAGGGACUAGCCCGCCUGGUCUUUUUCCAGACAUUUCUCAGUCAGGUAGCAAUCCACAGAAAACACUGGCAAGUUUGUCCGGCGUUAGUCAAACAUCUAGUUCUAAAACCACAUCAUUGUAUGGGCUGGACCAGAGUAGUGUAAGCCUGGACAAGCUGGGUGGUGGGUUGUCUUCUACAGGCCAAACUGGUUUGCAGUUGACAAUGAUGGGAAGUAGUAGUAGUGGUAAGCUAGGGGCAGUAAGUCUGUCAGACUAUCAGUUUUUAGGUCAGGGUUUUGGUGGAGACAGUUUGGAGGGACUUGGACCUUUGGGAUCACAAAGGCAGGCCAGUAAGACUAACUUUGCAGAUGGAGGAAAUCCUACUUUGCCGGGGAGUAGUUUGUUUGGUGCCAUCAGCAAUAAUGUAGGGAUUGGAAGCAGUGAUGGCACCAAGAAGGGGUCAUCUACUUUGCAGCUCCCCCUGUCAUCUCUAUGCAGUACUGCAGGUGAUGUUACAGUGACAAGUGGUCUGUCAGGUACAACAGGUGGCACCCACAUAGAUCUCAGUGCAGCUCUAAGAAAGAAUGAGCCAAUGCCUCUGCAUCUCAGUAUUAAAACACAGGCAAAAGCAGAAAGUAGUAAAAUCUUACCUGUUAAACGACAAAUGUCUGAAAUUGAUGAGGCUGAAUAUAGACCUAUCAGUCCAUUUUACUGGGAACAAAACGUUUCAAAGGAAGCCAUGUCUCAACCCUCUCCCUUUGCACAAGCACUCUGUUGUAAGGACUGUCAUUACAAACAGGCAGGGAACCACCCCAGGUUUUCCUAUUAUCAUCAACGGAAAGGUCAGAGGUCGGUGUCACCUGUACAGGUUGCCCAGAUUGUGCCAUUUGACUUUUCCACGCCCUCCCCAGAUGACGUGGUGAAGAAAAAACAGAAGGGCGCAUUCACUCGCCCAAAUGAUGUGGGAUAAUAAAAAUCUUUUUGCUUGACUACCACUAGUAAGUCUUGAGUGGAACAACUUUUAAAAAGCUCCUCAUGCAGUACUGCAAAUCUUUAAAUGUUUGCAGAGGUUCUAUUGUUGCCAAUUUGCAAAAACUUCCUUUCACGUCCUUCUGCAGUCCCAGUGAAAAUAAAUGAAUUUAUAGUAAUUAGAUUACAAUGAUUUGAAAGAAACUGGGUUUGUAGGCCAAAACAUGUACAGGAAUGUUCUUGUAAAUGUAAUUCACCCUCUCCAAGUUGAAUUUUGCUGGAAACAGUUCAGACUAGACUAGAUUAUCCCACCACAGGGGAAAGGUCAAAGUAUAUUUAUUGCCUUUUGAGAGACAGAAAAGUGUUGAGAUUUUAAAGUUGUAAAAUUCUGUAGACCACAGAUUUCUAUAAUACACCUGUCUCCAAUGCAGUGUUUGUAUUGGGAUUUACAAUUUUCAUUGAAACUGUUGGAAAUGUGUUCCCUACAUGUUUGCUGCAAAUGUUUGUACCAUGUUUUUAUCCAUUUGUGGACCACCGAUAACCAUAUUUUGCAGUUUGGGUUAUGUUAUUUUAAAGCAGAACUCUAGAAAAAGUUUCUUGUUGCCAAUCACAUCUUACAUUUCAUUGAAUCUCAGUAAAAUUAUGAUUUUCAUGAUGAACACUAAAAGAAAACAGUGACUGUGAGAGUGUGACGUGAAUACAUAUUUUUUGUUGAUUGGCAAUAAUGUACAUAUCCAUUUUGAAGUAAUACUGAACAAAUUUGAAAAUUUGGAAUUAAUAUUUUUUGUAAUACAAUUGGUUUUGCCCGGAAUACCUGGAAUUAGAAUUCCUUGACUGAAAACAAGACUGUUAAAAAUCUAUGACCAAACUCAUUGGCAGCUGUACUAUCUUGUCUUUAUCAUAUAGUAUAGGUCACAUCCUUUUGGCAAUCCAUCUUGUUCAAAGUACAAAUGUAAUACGAAACUUUUCAUCUUAGCUGAGAAAAAAACUCGAAGAUCGAAAAAUUUGACUGGGACCAUCACAGGAAUAUAUUUGUGGUACAGUUGUAGAUUUUGUAAUACAGAAAAUAUUUUAGAAAACAAACUUAACACACUUGUACUAAUCUGAAUAGCAACAAGGCAUUAUUUCUUGUCAGAAAGGUCCAUUCAAGUUCUUGGCUGCCUGCUGUUUAUCAAACAGGGUGAGAACAUUAUAUGAGUAUGCCAUUUCACUGGAGAUGCUAGCUCAAAGAACUGGUGUGGUAUGGAAUUAUUGUGUAGUCUUGUUUUACUUGAACUAUUAUUGACUAUUGUAAGUGUACUCGAGAUCUUUAUCUUUGAAAAUGAAAUACUAGUAUGCAACACACAUGUACACAUACAGUGGCAAAGAUUUCAGUAGGCAUCAAGUUGCAGCAAGUUGUAAAUUUGAUGACAUAGAGCAUACAUGUAGACUUACAUGUAGCCUCAAUUUACUCAAUUUAUGGUGCCCCCUUCCCCCAAAAACAUGCAGUGACACUUUGAUAAAGCAGUACAUAAAGUAUGAUUAUUGGCCACGCAGUUGAAAUGCGUUACGAUUGUAUACUUUUUAUGAGAAAAGAGUGUUCAAUAUGCAUGCAAGCUUAGGGCCUGGUCAUACUCCUUGUAUGAUUGCUGUAUGGUCACUAACUGAUUGAGGUCAUUCUUCAAAUUCAAUCUUUGACCUCAGCUGAGAUGUAUCCCUUGACCUCAUUUAGUUAUGCAUGUUUCAUACAUUACAAAUUCAGUUGUUUUGUUACGGAAAAGACUAGUCCUAGAUCCUUGUUGGUGGUUGGUCCUGUCACAGCGCUCCACUACGUUAAUUGUAUGAUGACCAUACAUGUACGUUACAGCCUGCACAUAUGUAAGACUAAAUUUUAUAAAUGAGUUGCUUAGAUGUACAAAAAUGUUGUUUGAGAGUGAAAUUUUCUGUCAUAGUUGUCCAUGCAGUUGAAAGAUCUGACAAAUUCCCUGCAGUGUUUUUGUCAGUGGUUUUAUAUGACUUUUUUUUAUUGUACAAUAUCUCAAUAAAAUAUGGAGUUCCUAGAUAUGAAUAUGGUAUGAAUCUCUGGUUGGUUGGAUGAAUGGGAGAUUAUUCCAGUUUUAUGUUUUUAUUUUGCAUUUCUACAUUUUGACUGAGGUUGAUGGGGCUUUUGUGGAUAAGUUGAAGUAUCCUGCAGCUGCAAUGGUU